AUCUACAUUCGCACGUGUUGCAUGAGUCGAGAAGAUGAACCAAUCAAGACGUAAAAACUGCGUAGGAAAGUGUAUGUAGUCUCGUAAUGAGAUCCAAAGGUUGUGAUCUUUGAGCACUGGCGCUACGGUGUAAGAAACAUUUCUUACACCGUGACUGGCACUGUCUAGGCACUGACCGACAGUUGAGUGAUUCGUGAAAACGUGAUAAUUGUGUGCUUCCUACUAUAUUGGUGAGACGGAUUUGGCCGGAUUCGUCGUGUAAGGAGCGCAGGGUCUCCAGAACGGCUCAAAAACACAAACGAAAUUCAAAGAGUUUUGUUGUGCGAGGUUAAUUUCUACUAGAUUAAGUUACGUCGUGUUUAGUAAUAUAUAACGUGAUAGUGCAGGGAAAUAGCAAGGUGGUCAAAGUUCUCUAGACAUUUUUCUGGGAGAAAAAUGCCACCUAUUGUUUCAAUCCCUAGGAGGAUCCCAUUGCUUGUUGUUAGCAAUGAAGUUUUAUUACCUGGGGGAUCUCUUCGAAUCCCCAUUACCCGAUCUGAAAACAUGGAAAUGGUUAAACACUGGAUCUUGAAUCGCAGCCCCCUUUCCAGCGUUGUUAUUGGAAUCAUGCCACGAGAUCCCAGAGAUGAUGGAUCCCCUCUUAUUGGCACUGCUGCUGUAGUGGUGCAAGUGACAGGGGUUAAUUGGCCACAACCAAUGAUCACAUUGUUGGUAACAGGAUUGUGUCGUAUCAAAGUGGAGAAAGUGUCAUUAGCUGGUUCCUUCCCGAUGGGGACAGUGAUGCAACUUGACAAGCUUAGUUCUGACAAUGUGGAUGAGGUUGAUGCUGAAGAUCCUGUUUUGGCUAGCCUUCUGUCAGAGUUCCGACAAGCUGUGCAAAAAUACCUUAGUUUACUGGAUGAAAAUAGUGCAACUGCUCUUAAGCUGAAAGCCAUGUUGAACUCUCUGCCUGGCCACCAUUUGGCUGAUGUAUGUGCAUCUCUUGUGAAAGCAUCAUAUACCGAAAAGUUAGAAAUAUUGGAUGCUUUAGAUGUGACAGAGCGUCUUAAGAAAACACUUACUCUUAUUUCUCGUCAUUUUGCUGAAAUGGAUUCUUCUUCUGAUCAGUCAGUAAUAUUAAGAAAGCCAAAGCAAAGAAAUUUCCGAAUCGUAAAGGGACAUGAACUAAUGCCUAUGGAAGAUGAUGAAAUGAACCAGCUGGAGAAUAAACUGAAAAACACAUUCAAUGUUUUCUGUCAAGUUAUCCUAAUCCUUAUUAUUCAACACAGCGAAGCUUCUCUACCUCCAGAAGUUCAUAAAGUUGUAAUGAAAGAUUUGAAUCGCCUGAAGAAAAUGCCAUCUUUUGGACCUGAAAAAGGGAUCAUAAGAAAUUAUCUUGAAAUUGUGUCUGACAUGCCAUGGUCUAAAUCAUCUAAGGAAACAAUUGAUAUUUACAAAGCUCGAAAAGACUUAGAUGCAGAUCACUAUGCUAUGGAUAAACUAAAACAAAGGGUAUUGGAAUAUCUGGCAGUUAGACAGUUGAAGAGUAAUUUAAAAGGACCUAUUUUAUGUUUUGUUGGCCCACCUGGUGUGGGAAAGACAAGUGUUGGUCGUUCUAUUGCUCAAACGUUAGGCAGAGAGUUCCAUCGAAUUUCUUUGGGUGGUGUUUGUAAUCAGUCGGAUAUCCGUGGUCACCGAAGAACGUACAUUGGGGCAUUGCCAGGUCGCAUAGUUCAAGGUUUGAAAAUCGUUGGCGUAAAUAAUCCUGUCUUUUUGUUAGAUGAAAUUGACAAGAUGGGGUCUGGAAUUCAUGGAGAUCCUGCAGCAGCUCUCCUGGAAGUACUAGAUCCUGAGCAAAAUUGCACAUUUGUGGAUCAUUUUUUGAAUGUUCCAUUUGACUUGUCCCAAGUAUUGUUUAUUGCUACAGCAAAUUCUGUCAAAUCUAUUCCCCCUGCUUUAUUGGAUCGAAUGGAAUUGGUUAAUGUUCCAGGAUAUACUCAGGAAGAGAAACUUCAUAUUGCAACAAAACAUCUCUUGCCCAAGCAAUUAGAAGCACAUGGUCUCACUCCAGAUUUGGUCCAUCUCCCAGAUGAAAGUGUCAAAUUAAUAAUUUCAGAUUACACACGUGAAGCAGGUGUUAGAACUCUAGAAAGGAAGUUAGGAGCACUAUGUCGAGCAGUGGCUGUGCAAGUAGCUGAAGAAAAAUUCCCUUCGCCAUCCGGAGAAAAAAUUUCCACUUUAGCAACUUCUUUCCCUGUUGAUCUAGAUCCAUUGAGGGUUGAGAAAAUAUUGGGACCUGCUAUCUUCUCUAAAGCAGACUUGUGGUCUAGACUUGGCCAGCCUGGAGUGGCUGUUGGUUUAGCCUGGACGUCAGCCGGAGGAGAGGUAAUGCUGGUUGAAGCUAGCAAGAUGGAAGGUGAUGGAGAAUUAGUUCUGACUGGUCACUUGGGAGAUGUUAUGAAAGAAUCUGCUCGUUUGGCCCUCAACUGGGUUCGUACCCAGGCAUCAAAAUAUGGAUUGAAAUUAAAUGGGGAGACUCUUGCUCACACUGAUCUUCAUAUUCACUUCCCUGCUGGAGCUGUUGGGAAAGAUGGACCUUCUGCAGGUAUCACCGUUGCAACAGCUUUGAUGUCCCUCUUUAGCAGUAAACCUGUUGCAUCAGAUGUUGCUAUGACUGGGGAAAUAACUCUGCAAGGUGUGGGUGGUGUUAAAGAGAAAGUUCUUGCGGCACAUCGAGCUGGCCUCAGGAGAAUCAUUUUACCCCACAAGUGUGAGAAGGAUUUAUUGGAAAUUCCUUCUUCUGUUAAAGAAGAAUUAGUGUUUGUAUUUGUUUCACACAUUGAUGAGGUUCUACAGGCUGCUUUUGAUGGUGGGUUACCAUUUGUGGGUUCUCAGAGUAUAGAGUUUACAAGCAAGUUGUAAAUGUGUACACACAAUAUAUGUAUAUUUGUUGGUGCCUUCUGAACUGUAAGGAUUGCAAAAUAUGUUUGUGAGAAUUUAGUUGAUUAUGUCACCAUGACACAACUACACCGUGGAUUGUGUUAAUAUUUUAUGAAUGUGUAUAUGAUGUUAAUAUUUAAGAAAUAAGUCUGUUAGACGAGGCAAGGUAAACUGUAAUGAUUCAUUGGUUCAUGUAUUAAUGUUUUGUUCAACUGUCUUCCAUUUUAUGAACAUUUGUUUCAGGUUUGCAUUUAAAUGCUUCGGACUAUUCCAUAUCCUUAAAUUGUUGGUGCUUAUCUUUCCUACUUAGGAUUGUAGUUUGUAUUAAGAAAAUAUAUUUUUAUGUAAGAAGGAUUAUUUUGUGUUAUUUAUUGCUUACUCUGUGGUGUGGACUGUUAUUGGAAAAUGAAGAUCUCAUAAAUG